AUGUGCGUGUCCAAGUUGGUCAAGGGUCUGGUAUAUAUGGCCAAUGUACUGAACUCGAAGGGGGAAGUCACGCCGAGUAGCUUUGUUCAGACACGCCGUAUUCAGAGCGUGUAUGAUAAAGUUGCAUUCCAGAAGGAGGCCCUUAAGGUGUUCAAGCUUGCGUGCGGUGACCCCGUAUCCGUGUCCGAGAUGCAGAUACGGGGAAUCGUGGCCGGACGACGCGUACGUUGUGAGCCCGUGGUGGAAAAGGUCAGCUCGGUGGGUCUCGAAUCGGCCGAUUUAAAUCUGGACCAUGUAGAUGACAACGACCUAGCCCAACUCGGCGUCCAUGAUGACACUGAGGACGAUGAUAUGGGGGAUACGAAUACAUGGCACAUAUACAUACACAUGCCGGGAAUGGGGAAGACCGGUUCAUCUUUCUGCGCUUCAACGUGGCCAAGUUUACGGCCAUUAACCGAUCCAUCAUGUAAUAAGCCGGGCCUCCACAUUAGACUCUAUGUAUAA